AUGAAUGAAGAGUUCGUCUUCGAUGCCUCGCUGAUGGAACCAACACCUUUAUCUGAUGCCAUUCAUAACAGGCAUCUUAGAAACCAGCCAAUCGGACAGCAUGCAAAACCAUCCCCCCAACAGGAACACCUUGAUUGUAGCCCUGCCCAAAGCAGGAGACCUGACCCGUGCACUCAGAAGCAAACAAAGAAAAGAAGACGGAAUGUAGGGUUUGCAACACAUGUGAUGGUUCACUUCAGCCCAUAUGAUCUAGAAGAGCUAAAGAUUUGCUGGUACACCCGGGCUGACAUGGUAAGAUUCAAGUCUACUAGGAAGCAACUUUACAAGACGCUGAACAGUGGAAUCUGGGAUUUGAACCAGAUCCAGCAGUCUAUGAAUGAUGACUAUAGAGGCCUAGAACCAUUCUUUUCGGCAAGUUGCAAUAGAAUGAUCCAGCGCAAACGGACUCAAGCAAUCAACAGCGUUUUACAUGAGCAACAAAGACAGCUUCUUGAAGAGGGCAGUAUUGAUGCCGAGUGCAUCCGUCAAGCCUCUUGCUCUCAAACGCAAUGGGCUAGAGACAGAGGCGAAAGAUUCGGGAAAGAUGACGCAGAGCAGGUUGCACCCAGUAACCAGAGCUAUAAAAGCAUUCCGAUCAUUUCUGCACCCCGCCAUUUACACCGCAUCACACCAUUGCACGAACCCGCUAUAAGACCAUAA